UACAAAAAUAUGUUUACUAUAAGAAAAGCCGUGAAAGAGGAUUGUCAGUCAUUGAGAAUUCUUAUGCAAGAAUUUGCCGAAAAUUACAAAAUUAACGCAGAUUUGGUUUAUCCGUUGGAACAGAUUGAAGAACAGGGAUUCAGUGAUCAGCCAUCAAAACGAAAGUUUCAGGCACUGGUAGCUCAAAGUACUGACAGCAAACAACAACUUAUCGGUUAUAUCCUCUAUUUUAUGACAUAUUCUGCAUUUAACGGAAAAAUCAUUUAUACGGAAGAAGUUUAUGUCAAUGCAGAGUAUAGAAGCUGUGCUUUAGGUCGGUCACUGAUGAGAGAGUUGGCUAAAGAAGCCAUUCAAUUGUCUGUAGGCACUGUUGAAUGGGAUUGUAUAGACAAAAGCAUAAUGUUGUUUUAUAAGCGUUUGGGUGGUAAAGAUCUAACAGAAACUAAUGGCAUUCAUAUGUAUAAUCUUAAUGGCGAUAAACUAAAACAAUUGGCCGAUACAAGUGACUCGGAUGGCGAUCAAUGUCUGACAACUUGUAUUAGAAAAGCAACAAAAGAGGACAGUCGUAUUUUAAGGCAAUUAUGCCAAGAGUUCACUAAAGAGGUCAAUAUUGUUAGAGAUGUGGUCAGCCAUCAAGACUUGAUUGACAAUGGAUUGAGUGAUGGGUGCGCUAGUAGACAAUUGUUUCAUGUGUUUAUUGCCGACAGUGUAGACAGUGUAAAGCCGAUUGGAUACAUAUUUUAUUGUCGAUCAUACUCUCCAUGGUAUGGCACCGGCUUCUGGAUUCGCAACUUAUAUGUGCGGCCAGAGUACCGGCAAAAAGGUUUGUCUCAACAUCUGAUGGCAGCGGUGGCCAAACAUGCUAUCAGUGAGUUGCGAACGAGUUUAUUUUGGAGCGGCUGUGCUAGCGAUACGGUUAUCACCAGUCUCUCUGUCAGAUUUAAGGCCGACGACUUAACCGAUUACUUUGAUAUUCAUUUAUUCAAUUUGUCGGGCGAUAGUUUAGCACAGUUAGCCAAUAACUAA